AUGAAUGUGGCAGGAAUAGCACUUAAAGAGUGGUUUCAGAAUGCCAGUUUAGACCCUACAGUAGUCUCUGCUAUCCCAGAAAAGGGGGUGCUGGCGUUCCAUGGUGGACAUGCUCUGGCGGAACUUGGGUCCUGGCUUUUGGCUGCAGAUGGUGAAGACUCGCUGGGGCCAUGGUCCAUCGUUGUCAUCUUCGCGUGCAUCCUAUACCUGCAGGGCUACUUGAAAGAGUGCAAAACUCUGCCACCGGACUACCUCUCCACGUUGUCCUUCUUUUUCCCGGUCUAUCCUGCCUAUAACGCAGCCGUGGCACUGAGCUGCCUAGAAUUCUUUCUGGAAUGGAGAUACUUCCCAGACUUCAAGCUAUGGACGCCUCUUGUCCUUUUAGGCAUUGUGUCUAUGGCCUUGGGCCAGGGCUUGGUGAGCUGGGCUACGCGCGUGGCAGACAGAAACUUCUGGGCCUCGACACGGGAGCUCGAGGAGGAUCAGCUGGUGGGCUUGGAGAUUCCGAAUCGCCGGGUAGUUCGUGAAGGUCCGUAUGCCUGGGAACGCCACCCAGCGUACCUGGGAGCUCUACUCUGGGGUCUAGGCACGCAGCUGGCACUGUGCAACCCGGGCAUGCUGGUGGUGGUCGGCUUCGUGCUGUGGGCAGCGCUGCUCCACGUCACCAUGGAGGAAGAGAAGGAGCUCUUCGAUGAGUUUCCAGGUCUCUAUGUGAACUACGCGGCCCUGACCAGCUGCUGGAUUCCGGGCUUCCCACCUCUCUUGGAGAAUUCCGCUUUCCAGCGCGAGAUGGUCGACAAUGCACCGGAGCAGGAAGGAGACGAGCUCAUGGAGCAGGAAGAGAGUGAAGAGGAGAUCGACGAAGAAGACGACCUCCUACCAACUUGGGAAGGGGUUCCCAAAGGUGGCGCGAUUUGGAACCGCCAGUUUCAGGAGCCAUGGCGCCUCGGUUAG